UAAAAAGGGAAAUCAAACAAACAUGCUCUGCAAAAACUGGAUUUUGUGUUGUUUCUCUCUCCCUCUCUCCUCAUAGUAAAGUUUGACGCCUUCUCCCACCAUCGCCUGCAACUGCAAUCAGCAAUAAAUAUAGCACUAUCCUAAAACUUUCUUCUUCCGCCAUUUGUAUGCUGCAAACCAAUUCUAAACGCACAUAUAUAAUCGAAUGACGUGAAGUGCUUUUUAUUCAGAAAAAUGGCAUGUGUUGAUGUUAACGACGACCGCACCAUCAAUCCAAUGAUUGGAUUGCAGGAGCCGAGCAUCGAUACCGACAAAUUGAGCUACGAGAUUUUCUCCAUUUUGGAGAGUAAGUUUUUGUUCGGCUACGAGGACCAGCAGAUUUGGCUACCGAAGCCGAUUGCGGUGCAGCCGAAGACCGCCGUCUUCUCCGAUGGCGGAGCUCAGGCUCCCAAAAAUCAGAGGGGGAAAAUCUGCAUCCUCAGCAUCGACGGCGCCGGUAUGCGGAGCAUUUUGACCGGCAAAACCCUCGCGUAUUUGGAGACAGCGCUGAAGAACAAGUCAGGGAAUCCUGACGCCAGAAUCGCGGAUUAUUUCGACGUCGCCGCCGGCACAGGCGUCGGCGGGAUUUUUACAGCGAUGCUCUUCGCCGCGGGCGAUCAGAACCGUCCGAUUUUCCACGCGGACGAUACGUGGAAGUUCCUCGCGGCGGAGGGGAAAAAGGUGUAUUCGAUUGCGACAUCACGGAGUUCGAGGAACGGUUUUCUCAAGCGAAUUUUUAAGAAAUCCGGCAGCAGCAGCGGCGGCGGUUCGUCGUCGGCGAAGGAUAUGGAGAAGGCGAUGAAGGAAGCGUUCAAGGACGAGAGAACCGGUCGCAGCCUGACGCUGAAGGACACGUUGAAGCCGGUUCUGAUCCCCUGCUACGACCUCUCCAGCGCGGCGCCGUUUCUGUUCUCGCGAGCCGACGCGCUCGAGAGCGACAGCUUCGAUUUCAAUCUGUGGGAGGUGUGCUUGGCGACGUCGGCCGAGCCGGUCGCCUUCGAUCCGGUUUGCAUGAAAUCGGUCGACGGUUUGACCCGAUGCGUAGGUCUAGACGGCGGAAUGGCGAUGAGCAACCCUACCGCGGCGGCGAUCACGCAUGUUCUGCACAAUAAACAGGAGUUUCCGUUUGUGAGAGGAGUGGAGGAUAUUUUGGUCCUUUCAGUCGGCGCCGGGGGGCAGCUGAUGGAGGGCAGCUUUGACUAUGAGCAGGUAAAGACGUGGAAGGCUAAGGAUUGGGCGCGGCCGCUAGCGCGGAUUUCCGGCGACAGCGCGUCGGAGAUGGUUGACCACGCUGUGGCAAUGGCGUUCGGUCAAAGCCGUAGCAGCAAUUACGUCAGAGUUCAGGCAAGCUGUUCCAGCUUUAGUCAAUGUGGUGCAAAUGUGGAUUCGGACCCCAGUCCGAGGAACGUAAAAAUGCUAAUGGGGAUAGCAGAUGAGAUGCUGAAGCAGAAAAAUGUGGAGUCUGUCCUCUUCAGUGGUAAGAAGAUAGGAGAGCAGAGCAACUUGGAGAAGCUAGACUGGUUUGCCGACCAACUUGUGCUGGAGCAUCAGAAGAGGAGUUGCCGGAUAGCUCCCACUGUUGCGUUCAAGCAACCGACAAGUUGGCCUAAGCAAAAUUAAAUGUGGGUGAAUUGGGCAGAAGUAAAAAAGAAGGAAAUUGUAAGGUAAAAAAAUGUAAAGUGAUAGUAUAAUAUACUACUCCUACUAUAUACUAGCAACUUUCACAUUUUGAGAAGGAUAGAGAAAUGGAGAAGUGGGGUUUGAGUUUGUGUUGUAAAAAGGGUUGUGGGUGGAUCUAGGUGGGAUUCUUUGCCUGCCAGCGGCGGAGCAUGGUGGUAGCAGCCACACCACGGUGGUCUUAUUAAAGUUGUACCUUUUUCUCUUCUUUAUUGGAUGAUUAAAAAAGUUCUACUAUUCUAGCCUAAAUUCUUGGUGGUUUA